AUGUCGCGUUUGGAAAUCGAAAUUUACAUUCAUGCUAAAUCACCGGGUAAACACAGCCGCAAACGAACACUCUACAUGUGGAAACUGUUGGCAACCGCGUACCCGGUCGAAUUCCGGCAAACCUCCCAGUACCGGUCAAUGAAGAUCGAAGGGCCCAGACUGGCUAUGCGAGACUAUCUGGAGCUGGUGAAGAGCGAUUCCCUGAAAUGGCAGUUGGUGCUAAAUUUGGCUACUUCGUUCGCCAGAGUCCCUGAGCUAGUGGGCAUAUCUAAGAUAAGGAACCUUGCUGCGUUGGAAGUUGCCACACCUCCACACGAUGAAACCCCUGAAUACGAUACUGAGACUCCCGUGACGGCACUAAGUGAUCGUAUCAUCCGAAGUUGGAGUGAACUCGUACACACCUCGGGUGCAUUCGCACACCUUCGAGUUCUCAAAUUAUGUCAUCAGGACCUGUCGGGUGUUGUAUUGCGUUAUCUGCGCACGUUUCCAUCCUUGCAAGUCAUUGUUGCGUAUGGCUGUCCAGGUAUCCACUCUAUGUUCAUGGAUGGCUUGGAGAUAGACGGAUGGGAGUCUCGACCGGGUCAAGAAGAUAAGCCACCGGCACUCUACGAAUUAUAUCAAACUAGCUUUGCCAAUAUGGACGGAGAACCACCUGCUUUGGGUCAGGGGGGUCCGAUUCUGGAUUUCCAGAUAGGCCAGACUAUUCAAGAAUCCAAGAGAGAGUCCACAAAUGCAAAAACUCUAUAUUUACAUCGCACGAAGGCGGCAAAUCGGAUACCCACCGAGAACUCGGCACUACAUAAACCGACGAAGAGGCCUAGGGAAGAGGUCUCGGCCUCCGGUGAACGUCAGAGGCGGUCGGGGCCGAAGAGGGCUGUGAUGAGAGACCGCAAAGCCAAGGACCUCGGAGAAAUCUUGGGGAAUUUCCUGUAA